GCUGCAGACAGUCGGUUGUUUUGAAAGAUUUCAGAUUUCUGACUAAAUGAAUGGAUGGAUUGAUGAAUGAAUUGCACUCAUUUUCUAUCAAAUUGGGAAGGUCAUCACAUGUGGAAAACCAGCCCGGCAAUAUCUUGAAAGAAAUAGGCGGGUACGAGAAGGAUAGUACUGUUCAGCCCUACUACAAUACGCUGCUGUAGCUGCCUCGUUCAGUUCAAAGGCAGGAAUGUACUGUAAGCCCAAAUAACUUUUCAUAGCGUCUGCGUCUUGUAGCUUUGUAACUUUCUAAAAGUCAAAUGAAUGAGAAAAUGGACACAAAUCAACUUUUACAGGACACGCUUCAACCAGUAGAAACCGACGACGGGAAAGCUUUGAUUCCUUCUAAAAAAUGUCAAGGUGAAGGUGGAACAAGCAGUUUUUCUUCAGCCAGCUUUAACUUUAUAAAUUCGAUCAUUGGAUCUGGAAUAAUAGGUCUGCCUUAUUCCAUGAAACAAGCUGGUUUUCCUCUAGGAAUUCUGCUCCUCUUUGGAGUUGCAUUUAUAACUGAUUAUUCAAUCAUCUUGCUCAUAAAAGGAGGAAAUAUAUCAGGAACCUGGACAUACCAGUCAUUAGUUAAUAGAGCAUUUGGCUUGACUGGAUAUGUUAUUUUAUCUGUCCUGCAGUUUUUAUAUCCUUUUAUUGCUAUGAUUAGUUACAACAUCGUCGCCGGUGAUACCCUUACUAAAGUGUUUUUGAGAAUACCUGGAGUUGGUCCAGACAGCCUAUUAGCAGAACGUCACUUUGUCAUCCUUCUAACAAGUAUUCUGUUCACUCUACCUCUGUCUCUAUAUCGUGACAUAUCCAAACUGGGAAAGGUUUCAUUACUCUCUCUGGUGUUAACUCUUGGAAUUCUUGUGAUUGUUAUUAUAAGAACAGCAACACUUGGGCCACAAAUCCCUGCAACAGACGAUGCAUGGACAUUUGCUCAGCCUAAUGCAAUUCAGGCUAUUGGGGUCAUGUCAUUUGCAUUUGUGUGCCAUCACAAUAGCUUUAUGAUUUAUGGCUCUCUUGAAAAUCGCACGCUUGGUAACUGGUCCUGCGUCACUCACACGUCAGUCCUCUCUGCAGUAGUUGUCAGCUUGCUUUUUGCAAUAUCCGGAUAUUCAACAUUUACGGGAUACACACAAGGUGACAUUUUUGAAAACUACUGUAAAAAUGAUAACCUGGCCACGGCGGGGCGAUUUUGCUAUGGGAUCAGUAUAUUUCUCACAUUCCCUAUUGAAUGUUUUGUGACACGGGAGGUGAUAUCCAAUAUGUUUUUUAAUGGGACCCUUACAACACUUGCCCAUGUUCUCCUGACCGUGGCUAUAAUGGCAGUUUCUACAGUCAUAUCCUUGGCUUUUGACUGUCUUGGGGUUGUUUUAGAACUAAAUGGAGUUCUGAGUGCCACCCCCCUUGUUUUUAUCAUCCCAACAGCAUGCUAUCUUAAGCUGUCUGAUGAGCGCUGGUAUCAUGGAGAUAGUCUGAUCUCAUGUUUGAUUCUCAUUGCUGGUGUUUUUGUAAUGAUAGCUGGUCUAGUCAUGACUAUCUUGUAUCCCCAAGAAUGCUCACAUGGAAAAGAAAUGUUUUACUGCUUGUCCUCCAAUUCCUCUGCCACCAAUAUCACAAUUUCCUCUAAUUUGAUAGAAACCCCAAACUGGAAUGCUAGCAUUGUUUAGAAAAAAAAAAUCAAGAAAUGCUUUUGUGUUUUCCCUCAAAAAAUCUUUUGCUGUUCUGUUCUUUGGGCUGUCUGAGUUGAGUUUCAAUGGGAAUCCCUUUUCAUUACUGGCCUUUAAAAGUUGUUAAAGUGUACCAUUUGGUACAUUUUAUUACAAUUAUCAAUUUAUAAUUUCCUGCUAAAAAUGUAAAAUGCUGCUUAUGGUGUGAACACUAUUUCUACUGAAUCUUCUAAUGAGAAAUAUUCAGUUUAAGAUCUUCCCUUAAUGUAUAAUAUGCUAAUGAACACUGUAUACAAAUACUCCAAUACUGCCUUGUUUGAUACUCCAUUGUCAUACAAAGCAUUUAAAAGGAAAAAUAUAUACAGUAGUGUCAUAUUUCAUGACAAAACAGAAGAGCCUUGCAUUCUUAAUUUAUCACCUUUAUUAUUAUUAUUGAAUGACAAUGCAGCACAACAUCUUGUUAUGAGAAAACUGGAAAUGAGUCUUUAAAAUUAAUUUCAGGUUUUGUAUUUCUACGUUUAUCAUUUUUAUCAUCCAUGUAUUAUCUGAAAGCUGCUUGUCCUAGAGAGCCGUGUGUCAGCCUGGAGCCUUGUAGGCAAGGAUGCAAACAUGAUGCAAGGCAGGAGGAAGAAUAAGAACACACAACUACUCAGCAUGUCUUUGGAAGAGCAUCUUGGGAGUCAAACCCAGGACCCAAGAACUCUAAGGCAGUGAUACUAUCUGCCACACCAUCAUGCAUCCUAUUUUGGAAUAAAGUUUUUAUGUUCCUACUACCAUGUUUUAUACGAAUUCAAACUGUACUCAUACAUAAUGACAGAAUGAACAAGUAGAUACAUAAUCUCCUAGAAAAUGACAUAACUCUUAGUAUUUCUUUUAUGUUACUAGUUCUGUAUUUGCAGGGAAUUAAUGAGUUGGAAAGAGGAAGUAGCUUACCUGCUUAAGCUUAAAAAAUAAUAUUUACAUGUUCUCCAACAAGGUAUUUAAUUUGAGCUUUGGUCUUGUUUUAUUGAACUAUUAAACCAAUUACUAAACCAUCUAAUUAUUGUAAGUUAUUUGUUAAAUGACAUUUAUGAAGCUCCUUAAUGCCUUUUACUGCACUUAUUUUAUUUUGAGGUUGUCAAAUAUCCCUUUUAUUUGAUCAUUUGUGGCUUCGACCUUUCUAGCAUAUUCUGUAACUUUAAAGCCAUCAUAUUUUAAUAUUGAUAUUGUGUAAUUGCAUUCCUAUGGUAAUGUAAGUUUGUAUGUGGCUUGCAAUACAACCUUUGUCAAUAGCUAAGCAACAACAAGCCCUGCUGAUGAUACGUGUCAUUAGAUUCUUUACUCAUGAGCUACAUAUGACCAUUUUGGGAUUUGCACUGAUUAUUUUAAACUACUCCAAAUGCUAUUUAACUUGGCUGGCUAUGGCAACAGCAUACAGAUUUGUUGCAUUUUUUCAUAAGUGAAAUUUGGCACAUCCCUGUGGUAUUUUUGUGGUGACACUACAUUUAUGUUUGAAGGUGUGGCAUUAUGUAUUUGACCUACUGUACACCAAUUGCAUAUUCUAUAAUCUGCCACAUUUGAGCUAUUUUGGGUUUACUAAAGGAAUAUUGAUAAUUGUAACAUUGUCUUUAACACUGUUAACACAAAACAAAGUUUCUCAGGUGGUGUUUUAUACAGUAUGUCUAGUGUAUUCUUGUAAACGUGGCAAAACAUUCUCAGACUUUGUUUUAUUUAAGACUAAAAUAA